GCUCUGCUCUGCUCUGCUCUCUACCUCGCCACACGUACUUUCCUCUUCCGUCCCCAUGCUGCUCGCCAUUAUCAUGCUGCUUCCAGCCUUUUUCUCACUUUCGCUACUACUUGCAUGUUGAUUAAUUCAAUGCAAUGCCGCACCUGGCCUUGCACAUCGUCUUCGCUGCCCACUUUCUCCAACCCAAUUUCUUGCUGCCACUCCCGUUUUUGAAGUCCCAGGCCACCUCACUGCACACUCUACACUAGAACUGGUAACUAAGUCAACGCUCAGCUUGUUCACUACAGGAACGGCGUUCUGGAUUUUAGAAAUUCUUUUUGUGCUGAGUGCACUUGGGUCGUUUCAGGUUCUAAUUCAUAUUCUUUCUUUGUAUAACGUGGAUUGAUUCUGUACUCGUACCUAGUUGACGUCGUUCACGUCAAGUUUCCUAGUAGUGCUGAGUCGGCACGAAUAUGCUCUGAAUUUUUUAACCGUAAUCAUGGGGUGGGCUUGUGAUGAGGAUUUUUCCAAGUUGACGACCGUCAUGAAUUUGAGCGAGUCAUAAAACCCGUCAGAUUCACUGUUGUGUCCGAAUUUGAGAAUUUCUUAGGCUGGCGUCGUCUGCACUGCAUAGGAGGUUCUCGCAAAUGAAGGCAACAGGAGUUUUGCAAAACGCCCUGCUUGUUAUAGUACGCUUGCUUAUCGUGCAGUAUAUCUUCCCUGCCGAGAUUUUACCCUGCCGGGAUUUUAGCGAAGAACACAUCUGAUUUGACAUGUACGAUCCCUCCAGUUUGGGUUUCAUGUAAGAGUAUUGAAUUUCGAUGUGCAUGGUAAAGGAGGAAGGGUGAAGCAAGAUGGAUCAGGUCUCCAUCUGUGCUAGUCAAUUUGCCGGCCUCACUUCUCCAAAGAUUGGCAUGCUUGCACCAGGGGAGGGAAUAAGUGUGUGGGUUCUAGGGCUACUCAUCACCAUAAAGGCCUUGGGAAAUGAAACGGGUGGAUCAUACUCCUUGUGCGAGAAGGUUGUGUAUCCUGGCCGAGAAGUCCCGCGGCAUCUUCACACCAUGGAGGAUGAAAUGUGGCUCAUGCUAGAAGGGGAGCUCAUUUGGAAUGUCGGAGGUCGCGAGUCGCUCGGACGUGCGGGAUCUUUUGUUCAUCUGCCUCGGUUUAUUCCGCACUCUUUCAUGAACAAAGGAGAGAAACCGGCACGGAUGGUGCAAAUGUUUGCUCCCGGGGGCUUUGAGCAAUGGUAUCUUAGUGUAGGACAAGCAGUGCAAGAUCCGUUGCAAUUGCCUCCACAGGUCACCAGCGACGAACUCACGAAAGCCUUGCGACAAGGCAAGGAAUACGGGAUCCUGUUCAUCGACCUCGAGGACAAUUGGGAGCUUUCAAGCCAAGCCAUGCACCCUUAUUACAGAUGACCGUCUCCACAAGCAUCGUACUUUACGUUGUUUCUUAGUUUCGAUCUUUUAGGCUAUAGAUGUACAUUAUUAGGCUGUGCUUUGUUUUCAUCUAGUCCCAUCAAGUAUUUGAGGUUUUAGAGAAGAGGUUAAGCCGUCCAUCACCUGAGGGUUUUAUGACUCGUUUCCCUGCGGAUCGUAAACAAACAUUAUAGAGAUUAGACUGACAACCGUACUUUUUACCAUAUAUGUGAAAAAUGCUACACGACGAUAGCACUCCAGUGAUUGCUCAUUCUGAUCCCA